UCUGCAGUCUGUCUCUCUGUUUAGGUGCAGCACUGCUCUUCUCUUUCAUGUUACUGUGUCACUUCUAAAAAAAAAAAAAAAAAUUCCCCCAUCAUGGACUUCGCUUUUGCCAAUUUAGAUGCUGCCGGUUUUCUACAGAUCUGGCAACACUUUGAUGCUGAUGAUAAUGGCUACAUUGAAGGGAAAGAGUUGGAUGACUUUUUCCGACACAUGUUGAAAAAGUUAGGGCCAGAGGAUAAGAUAACAGAGGAGAAAGUGCAGCAGAUGAAGAAGAGGUUUAUGUCGGCCUAUGACAUCACCGCUGAUGGACGCCUGCAGAUCCAGGAGCUGGCCAAUAUGAUCCUGCCGGAGGAUGAAAACUUCCUUCUUAUCUUUCGUAGAGAAGCUCCUCUAGAUAACAGUGUGGAGUUUAUGAAGAUCUGGAGAAAAUAUGAUGCUGACAGCAGUGGUUACAUAUCAGCUGUGGAACUUAAGGGUUUCUUGAAGGACCUGUUUCUACAGCACAAAAAGAAUAUUCCCUCCAGCAAGCUGGAUGAAUACACAGAUACCAUGAUGAACAUUUUUGACAAAAACAAAGAUGGCCGAUUGGAUCUUAAUGACCUUGCUAGAAUCCUGGCUCUACAAGAGAACUUCCUGUUGCAGUUCAAAAUAGAUGCCAGUAGUCAAGUGGAGAGAAAUAGAGACUUUGAGACGAUCUUUGUCCACUAUGAUGUUAGUAAGACAGGAGCUCUUGAAGGACCAGAGGUGGACGGAUUUGUCAAAGACAUGAUGGAGCUCGUCAAGCCCAGUAUCAGCGGAAUGGAUCUGGAUAAGUUCCGUGAAGUGUUGCUGCAUCACUGUGAUGUGAAUAAAGAUGGGAAGAUCCAGAAGAGCGAGCUGGCCUUGUGUUUGGGGGUGAAGCUGAAACCAUAGUCCUAACUGCACACUGGAGUUCUCACACCACUUUUACUACUGAAAACUGUACUUACUGUAUUUGUGAGCCUGUGUCUGUGUAAUUAUAUAUAACAAAACUGUACUUGUGUGCUGUUUACUCUGAUAACACUUUGCAUUGUAUUGUUUUUAAAUUAAUUGAAUGUUAUGUAAUAACUCCGAUUACUAGUACUUUAAAAUGUCCACAUUUGCAAAAAUGAAUAUUCAAUAAUGUUAAGCAUGUAUGAUACAGGUGACUGCAA